UUAUUAUUUCUCUUCUCUUUUCUUUUGUAUCCAUUUCCACUUGUUUUCCCUGAAAUCAAAGCAAAAAAUGCAACCGAUGGUGAACCUGUGUGCUACUCAUGGUGUUCCACUUUGUGUCUCUGGAAUUACCAACCCUCUUGCUCUUGCUAAGGAGAUGGAAGAUCAUGAGCGUAGGAGGAAGGCCAUGAAGAUGCAAAGAUCAGUGGCUAUGCAUGCAAAUGCAAAUGAUCAAUUGCAAAGGAGAAACUAUGAGAUCAUGUUCAUGGCUGAUCUAGAUGACCUCAUCAUCCAUCAUUUGUUCUACACUCACCUUCAUUUAACUGCAAAAGCUGCAUAGCAUCACUCUUUCUAGACUCUAUUAUAUGUAUCUAUAUUCCCGUGUUUCUAAGUUAAGUUGCCUUCUCUUUAGUUAAUUAAUUGUUAUGUUCAUAUCUUUAAUUUCGUUUGUUUGUUUAACUAUGGGAAAUUCUAGAUCCUUUUCUUUAUUAAUAUUGCUGCUGCUCAUA